CUUUUUCUCUCCAGGGGGCGGGAGCGCGGGCCGGGGCCGAGCCUGGGGCCGGGAAGGCGGCGGACUCUUUUCUGCGGCGGAGGGAUCCGCGGCGGAGGCGGCGGCGGCCGUAGCCGCUGCCUGAGAGUUGUUGUUUCCUCCUCCUCCGCCUCCGCCUCCGCCGCCGUCGCUUGAAUGGUGGAGCCGAGGCUGGGCUCGUGAACACACAGUGACAGCUAUAGGGCAGGCGGAGGCACCAUCCCCGCUUCCCCUCGGCGGCGGGGUGUCCCGCCAGCGGCCCUGAAGUGACCCAUAAACAUGUCUUGUGAGAGGAAAGGCCUCUCGGAGCUGCGAUCGGAGCUCUACUUCCUCAUCGCCCGGUUCCUGGAAGAUGGACCCUGUCAGCAGGCGGCUCAGGUGCUGAUCCGCGAGGUGGCCGAGAAAGAGCUGCUGCCUCGACGCACCGACUGGACCGGGAAGGAGCAUCCCAGGACCUACCAGAAUCUGGUGAAGUAUUACAGACAUUUAGCACCUGAUCACUUGCUGCAAAUAUGUCAUCGAUUAGGACCUCUUCUUGAACAAGAAAUUCCACAAAGUGUUCCUGGAGUACAAACUUUAUUAGGAGCUGGAAGACAGUCCUUACUACGCACAAACAAAAGCUGCAAGCAUGUUGUGUGGAAAGGAUCUGCUCUGGCUGCAUUGCAUUGUGGAAGACCACCUGAGUCACCAAUUAACUAUGGUAGCCCACCCAGCAUUGCGGAUACUUUGUUUUCAAGGAGGCUGAAUGGGAAAUACAGGCUUGAGCGACUUGUUCCAACUGCAGUAUAUCAGCACAUGAAAAUGCAUAAACGAAUUCUUGGACAUUUGUCGUCUGUGUACUGUGUAACUUUUGAUAGAACUGGCAGACGGAUAUUUACUGGUUCUGAUGACUGUCUUGUGAAAAUCUGGGCAACAGAUGAUGGCAGAUUGUUAGCUACUUUAAGAGGACAUGCUGCUGAAAUAUCAGACAUGGCUGUAAACUAUGAGAAUACCAUGAUAGCAGCUGGAAGUUGUGAUAAAAUGAUCCGUGUCUGGUGUCUUCGAACAUGUGCACCUUUGGCUGUUCUUCAGGGCCACAGUGCAUCUAUAACAUCACUACAGUUCUCACCGUUGUGCAGUGGCUCAAAGAGAUACCUAUCUUCUACUGGGGCAGAUGGCACUAUUUGUUUUUGGCUGUGGGAUGCCGGAACCCUUAAAAUAAAUCCAAGACCUGCAAAAUUUACAGAGCGCCCUAGGCCUGGAGUGCAAAUGAUCUGUUCUUCUUUUAGUGCUGGUGGAAUGUUCCUGGCCACAGGAAGCACAGACCAUAUUAUUAGGGUUUAUUUUUUUGGCUCAGGUCAGCCAGAAAAAAUAUCAGAAUUGGAGUUUCAUACUGACAAAGUUGACAGUAUCCAGUUUUCCAACACUAGUAACAGGUUUGUAAGUGGAAGUCGUGAUGGAACAGCGCGAAUUUGGCAAUUUAAACGAAGAGAAUGGAAGAGCAUUUUGUUGGAUAUGGCUACUCGUCCAGCAGGUCAAAACCUUCAAGGAAUAGAAGAUAAAAUCACAAAGAUGAAAGUAACUAUGGUGGCGUGGGAUCGACAUGACAAUACAGUUAUAACUGCAGUUAAUAACAUGACUCUGAAAGUUUGGAACUCUUACACCGGUCAACUAAUUCAUGUCCUGAUGGGUCAUGAAGAUGAGGUAUUUGUUCUUGAGCCACAUCCAUUUGAUCCAAGAGUUCUCUUUUCUGCUGGUCAUGAUGGAAACGUGAUAGUAUGGGAUCUGGCAAGAGGAGUCAAAAUUCGAUCUUACUUCAAUAUGAUUGAAGGCCAAGGACAUGGUGCAGUAUUUGACUGCAAAUGCUCUCCUGAUGGACAGCAUUUUGCAUGCACAGACUCUCAUGGACAUCUUUUAAUUUUUGGCUUUGGCUCCAGUAGCAAAUAUGACAAGAUAGCAGAUCAGAUGUUCUUUCAUAGUGAUUAUCGGCCCCUUAUUCGAGAUGCCAACAAUUUUGUGUUAGAUGAACAGACUCAGCAAGCACCGCAUCUCAUGCCUCCUCCUUUUUUGGUUGAUGUUGAUGGUAACCCUCAUCCAUCAAGAUAUCAGAGAUUAGUUCCUGGUCGUGAAAAUUGCAGGGAGGAGCAGCUCAUUCCUCAGAUGGGAGUAACUUCCUCAGGACUGAACCAAGUUUUAAGUCAGCAAGUGAAUCAGGAGAUCAGCCCACUGGACAGCAUGAUUCAAAGACUACAACAGGAGCAAGACCUGAGGCGUUCUGGUGAAGCAGGUGUCAGUAAUACCAGCCGUUUAAGUAGAGGUUCUGUAAGCUCUACCUCAGAGGUCCAUUCACCUCCAAAUGUUGGGCUAAGGCGGAGUGGACAGAUUGAAGGAGUACGACAAAUGCACAGCAAUGCACCAAGAAGUGAAAUAGCCACAGAGCGGGAUCUUGUAGCUUGGAGUCGAAGGGUGGUAGUACCGGAGCUUUCACCUGGUGUAGCCAGUAGGCAAGAAGAAUGGAGAACUGCAAAGGGAGAAGAAGAAAUAAAGACAUAUAGAUCAGAAGAGAAAAGAAAACACUUCACUGCUCCAAAAGAGAAUAAAACACCUACUGUCUCAAAGAAUCAUGCCCAUGAGCAUUUCCUGGAUCUUGGAGAAUCCAAAAAGCAACAGGCAAAUCAACAUAGUUAUUGUACCAGAUCUGCAUUGGAAGAGAUUCCUAGACCUUCAGAAGAGAUAGAAAAUGGCACUAGCUCUUCAGAUGAAGGUGAAGUUGUUGCUGUUAGUGGUGGAACCUCUGAAGAAGAAGAGAGAGCAUGGCACAGUGAUGGCAGUUCUAGUGAUUACUCCAGUGAUUAUUCUGACUGGACAGCAGAUGCAGGAAUUAAUUUGCAGCCACCAAAGAAAAUUCCUAAGCAUAAAACCAAGAAAGCAGAAAGCAGUUCAGAUGAAGAAGAAGAAUCUGAAAAACAGAAACAAAAGCAGAUUAAAAAGGAAAGGAAAAAAAUACAUGAAGAAAAAGAUGGACCAAUAUCACCAAAGAAAAAGAAUCCCAAAGAAAGAAAACAAAAGAGAUUGGCGGUAGGAGAACUAACGGAAAAUGGAUUGACAUUAGAAGAAUGGUUGCCUUCAACAUGGAUUACAGAUACUCUUCCCCGAAGAUGUCCAUUUGUACCACAGAUGGGUGAUGAGGUUUAUUAUUUCCGACAAGGACAUGAAGCAUAUGUUGAAAUGGCCCGGAAAAAUAAAAUUUAUAGUAUCAAUCCCAAAAAACAACCAUGGCAUAAAAUGGAACUACGGGAACAAGAACUGAUGAAAAUAGUUGGCAUAAAGUAUGAAGUGGGCUUGCCUACCCUUUGCUGCCUUAAACUUGCUUUUCUAGAUCCUGAUACUGGUAAACUGACUGGCGGAUCAUUUACCAUGAAAUACCAUGAUAUGCCUGACGUUAUAGAUUUUCUAGUCUUGAGACAACAAUUUGAUGAUGCCAAAUAUAGGCGGUGGAAUAUAGGUGACCGUUUCAGAUCAGUCAUAGAUGAUGCCUGGUGGUUUGGAACAAUUGAAAGCCAGGAACCUCUUCAACAUGAGUACCCUGAUAGUUUGUUUCAGUGCUAUAAUGUUUGCUGGGAUAAUGGCGAUACAGAAAAGAUGAGUCCUUGGGAUAUGGAACUUAUACCUAAUAAUGCUGUAUUUCCUGAAGAACUAGGUACCAGUGUUUCUUUAACUGAUGUCGAAUGCAGAUCAUUGAUCUAUAAACCUCUUGAUGGAGAAUGGGGUUCCAGUCCCAGGGAUGAAGAAUGUGAAAGAAUUGUUGCAGGAAUAAACCAAUUGAUGACACUAGAUAUUGCUUCAGCAUUUGUGGCUCCUGUGGAUCUGCAAGCCUAUCCCAUGUAUUGCACUGUAGUGGCAUAUCCAACAGAUUUAAGUACAAUUAAACAAAGACUGGAAAACAGGUUUUACAGGCGGGUUUCUUCCCUAAUGUGGGAAGUUCGAUAUAUAGAGCAUAACACUCGAACAUUUAAUGAACCUGGAAGCCCUAUUGUAAAAGCUGCUAAGUUUGUGACUGAUCUUCUUCUACAUUUUAUAAAGGAUCAGACUUGCUAUAACAUAAUUCCACUCUACAAUUCAAUGAAGAAGAAAGUUUUGUCUGACUCUGAGGAAGAAGAGAAAGAUGCUGAUGUGCCAGGAACUUCUACUCGAAAAAGGAAGGACUAUCAGCCCAGAAGAAGAUUACGAAACAGAGCUCAGUCUUAUGAUAUUCAAGCAUGGAAGAAACAAUGUCAAGAAUUGUUAAAUCUCAUAUUUCAGUGUGAAGAUUCUGAGCCUUUCCGCCAGCCGGUAGAUCUCCUUGAAUAUCCAGACUACAGAGACAUCAUUGACACUCCAAUGGAUUUUGCUACUGUUAGAGAAACUUUAGAGGCUGGGAAUUAUGAGUCACCAAUGGAGUUAUGUAAAGAUGUCAGACUUAUUUUUAGUAAUUCUAAAGCAUAUACACCGAGCAAAAGAUCAAGGAUUUACAGCAUGAGUUUGCGCCUGUCUGCUUUCUUUGAAGAACAUAUCAGUUCAGUUUUAUCAGAUUAUAAAUCUGCUCUUCGUUUUCAUAAAAGAAAUACAAUAACCAAAAGGAGGAAGAAAAGAAACAGGAGCAGCUCUGUUUCCAGCAGUGUUGCAUCAAGCCCUGAAAGGAAAAAAAGAGUCAUAAAACCCCAACUAAAGUCAGAUAUCUCUACCUCUCCAUUCUCUACAACUACACGAUUAAUACCACCAAGGCACAAUGCUGCACAAAUAAAUGGUAAAACAGAAUCCAGUUCUAUAGUUCGAACCAGAAGCAACAGAGUGGUUGUAGAUCCAGUUUCCACUGAGCAACCUUCUACUUCUUCAGCAGCAAAGACUUUUAUUUCGAAAACUAAUACAUCUGCAAUGUCGGGGAAAACAAUUCUAGAGAAUUCUGUGAAACAUUCCAAAACUUUGAAUACUUUAUCAAGUCCUGGUCAACCCAGUUUUAGUCAUGGCACUAAGAAUAAUUCUGCAAAAGAAAACUUGGAAAAAGAAAAGCCACUCAAACGUAAAAUGAAAUCAUCUGUACUCUCAAAGACAUCCACUUUUUCAAAGUUAUCAGCUCCCAUCGAGCAAGAUCGUAAGAACAAUGCUCUUGUACCAGGAAGCAUUCAAGUAAAUGGCCAUGGAGGGCAGCCAUCUAAACUUGUGAAGAGGGGACCUGGAAGGAAACCUAAGGUAGAAAUUAAUACCAAUAGUGGUGAACUUAUACACAAGAAAAGAGGUAGAAAGCCCAAAAAGCUACAGUAUGCAAAGCCAGAAAAUGCAGAGCAAAAUAAUAUACACCCUAUCAGAGAUGAAGUAGUUCCUUCUUCAACAUGCAAUUGUCUUCCUGAAACUAAUACUGUAAAGGAGGAUUUGUUACAGAAAAAGAGUCGUGGAGGCAGAAAACCCAAAAGGAAGAUAACACAAAAAUUAGACUCGGGUCUCAUAGUUCCCACAAGUGUUAAAAUGCUAAGGAGAAGUAACCGGAAAAAGACAGAUGAUCCUGUGGAUAAGGAAGAAGAGUUUGGGGAACUUAAAGGCUCUGAACCCCACAUGAGAACUAGAAACCAAGGUCGAAGGACAGCUUUCUAUAAUGAGGAUGACUCUGAAGAGGAGCAAAGGCAGCUGUUGUUUGAAGACACCUCUUUGACUUUUGGAACUUCUAGCAGAGGACGAGUCCGAAAGUUGACUGAAAAAGCAAAAGCUAAUUUAAUUGGUUGGUAAUGUGUACCAAACUAUUUUACUUCAAAAUCAUAAAGCAGGUACAAUUAAGGAAUAAGUAGAACUAAGGCUUCUGUUUCCUUGCUGCUGUGGUGGUUUAGGGAAUAUUAUGAUUUGAUUUGCAAAAAAAAAAAAAAGGUAAACAAACUUAUAAGAUACUUCACUUCUU